GGUCACGUGCGCGCAUCGCGGCCGACCCGUGUUUUCCGCGAUCAACCCCUGUCGCCCGCACGUCCUCUCCCGCGGCUGUAAAACCACGUCGCAUCGCGACAGCCGCCGCGCAGUUGGUCGUGUGAUCCGCGCGAACAGUGACGAUACACCUACCGCUUCCGACGGUUCGCCUGUCGAGCACCGCUUUCACUUUUCUCCCCCUCCCCGAUCCCGUUCAUCAUCCCGAAAAACGAGAAGAUAUAAUAAAACAAGCCGAUACUUGAUAAUCGUCGUCGCGCGCAGACACGGUUCGCGAGAGAGUGGCCAUGUGUGAACCGCAGCUCGAGGAAGAAGGGUGAAAGAAAGAGUCGAAGGGAAAAGAGCAGAUAAAAGUGUGAGCGACGGUAUAAAUGAUAAAGUGAGAAAGACCCGGUGGAUUCGUCUCGGAGCAGGGGUCGCACCUUGGUUCUCCUCGAUGCGCCCUUCCCUGGACGGUGCAGUGUGUACGCGGCGGCAAGUCGAGGAUCUUUGACGAAAGCUCGCGGGAACAGAGUAGCGGCGAGCGUGUCGCGACAGACCGCGGAUUUCGGUAACGUUUCCAGCGCAGGGGGUGUUUUUGCAACGGAAACUAGCUCGACGUACCACGGAGACGACCACCCUGGCGACCAUGAGGCAGUCGUACUUCGUUUUCAUAUGCCUGAUAGGCCUUGUCGUCAGCGACAACAGCACGAUCGGCGAUUCGGUCAUCGAAGAUGUUUCAGAGGUCACGAACACCGGCAACAAUCUUGACGCGGACACAGGGGAACAGGGCAUCGCGUGGGGCGAGUGGUCGCCUUGGUCCAAGUGGUCCAGCUGCUCCAGGAGCUGCGGCGGAGGAAUUUCGCGGCAGCAGAGACGCUGCAGAAGGAAGCCUUGCAAGAAUCGCCCGUGGAGUACGAAAUACAAGAUCUGCAAUCCAGAGCCGUGCGAGAAGCCGAGCGAUAUCCGAGCGGAGCAGUGCGCGGCGUACGACGACGUACCUUAUAGCGGGCAGCUGCUGAAAUGGUAUCCGCAUUACGAUCCGGCGAGGCCGUGCGCUUUGAUCUGCCGGGGCGAGCAAUCCUUGGAGAACACCGGGAACCGAUUCAAACAGGAAACGUCCGCGGAGAAAAUGCUUCCGCGCGACGCCACCGAGGCUUUGCAGCUCGACAGCGACGAGACCAUCGUGGUGCAGCUGGCGGACAAGGUGGAGGACGGAACGAAAUGUUACACCGACGGCACCGACGUGUGCAUCGCCGGUGAAUGUAUGAAGGUCGGCUGCGACUUGCGGGUCGGCAGCAACAAAAACACGGACGCGUGCGGCGUGUGCGGCGGAAAUGGAUCGAGCUGCCAAUCGCGGUACUCGUGGAGUUUGGAAUCGAUAUCCGCUUGCUCGAAAUCAUGCGGCGGAGGUAUCAAGCUGGCGAUGGCGGUGUGCAAGAGCACGGAGCCAGACGAGACCGUCGUGGACGACAGCUAUUGCGAUCCGGACAGCCGACCGGAGAAGACCCGGAUGCCGUGCAACACGCACCUCUGCACUGCGAAAUGGGUAGCCGGCGAAUGGAGUAUGUGCAGCGCGAGCUGCGGCGGAGGAUCCAGGACCAGAGCCAUUUUCUGCACGGAGGAGAACGGCAAUGAGACUACAAAGCUGCCCGACCACAAGUGCAGCGGGAUGCACAAGCCCCGCAACCAGGAGAGCUGCAACACCAUCUCCUGCCCCAUGUGGGAGACCAAUAAAUGGAGCGAGUGUUCCGUGACCUGUGGCACCGGCAUCAGGACGAGGAUAGUCGAGUGCAGGGACGCCGACGGUUCCAUCUCAACGGACUGCGAUCCGGCUGAACGGCCGCACACCGAGCAGGAGUGCAAAACAAACAUCGUCUGUCCGAUAUACGGCGAAGAGAUGACUCAACCCCUGAUGCAACCGUAUCCACCCCCGCCCGUUUCGGAGAAGCUGAUCGACCAGCCAAUACCGUCGGAAACCACGUUCAUCGCCGACGACUGGUCGCCGUGCAGCGUCACCUGCGGCGAGGGGAUCAGGCAUCGCGAGGUCCGUUGCAAGAUAUUCCUCGAGUUCAGCCGGACCGUUGCCGAUCUUCCGGAUCGCCAGUGCUCUGGCCCGAAGCCGGUCGAGACGGAGAAAUGCGUGAUGGAGCCGUGCGGAAUGAUCGAGAACAGCCUGUCCUACGGAAUCGACGCGGUUGGCGACAGCGGAUACGCUGAGCCCAGCUUGACGGACACCUACAGAUCGUCGGCUGGCAGUUCCAGCGGAAGCGGCUACGAUUCUGGGAUCAAGGUGGCGCCCGGAAGCGACGUACAGACUACUUACUCGUGGAAGGAAGCUGGCUACACACCUUGCAGUGCUACUUGCUUGGGAGGUGUGCAAGAUCUGAUAAUAAAUUGCGUGCGCGACGACACAGGUAAAACCGUGAUGCCUUUGCUGUGCACGACGGAGACCAAACCGGAAGCGAGGAUAAGAGUCUGCAACGAUCAUCCAUGUCCACCGAGAUGGAAUUUAAGCGAAUUCUCGCCGUGCAUGAGUCCGUGCGGCAUCGGUAUACAGAUACGGAACGUCACCUGCAUACACGAAGUGACGCGCGGAUCCACAGGUAAGACAGUCCCCGUGCCGAACAAGAUGUGCCCGCAACCACCGCCAGCCGACAGACGAUACUGCAACGUGUGGGAUUGCCCCGUUAAAUGGACCGUCGACAAAUGGGGCAAGUGCUCGAAGACUUGCGGCGGAGGCGUGAUGAGACGCAAAGUGACCUGCGACCAGAUAAUGGCUCAAGGGCGUCAGCAAAGUCGAGAGGAACGCGAGUGCCCGGCGCAGAAGCCCUCCACGGAGAAGCCGUGCAACACCAGAGCUUGCCACGACAUAGACGCUGGUUCCUUGCCGAUCAUUUCCAGCCUGAACACGACAUACAAUCAGACCGAACUGAACGCGAAAGUGGAUCUGAAGAUCGGCGGUAUCGCGAAGGUGUUUCAAGGCACACCUUUCAUCAAGAUCCGUUGUCCCGUUAGGAAAUUCGACAAGACACGAAUCAUAUGGACCAAGGACAACAAGGAAUUAAGGAAAUCGAGGAAGUACAAAAUCAGUAGGAAAGGAGCGUUGAAGAUAAACGACAUCACAGCUUCCGAUUCCGGAGUAUACGCGUGCAUAGCUGGAAAUUCGCACGCGGAGACGCAGCUCAUCAUAAAAUUUCGUUCGAAGGAGCAGAUAAGCAGCGAGGAAUAUCUACGACUGAGUAAUUCCGUCCAUCUUCAACGAAACGCGAACUUGGACUCGGCGCCGGCGAAUUCGGGGGAGAGUAUGUAUACCGGUCAUGCAGCAGCCGCCUACGGGAACCGUUUUGUCCCAAUCGACAGCGAGGAUCUCAGUCACGAACGAGCGUUUCCCAGCAAACCGACAAGGAAACCGAAUCAGAGGAGACAGAAAACCAGUCCCACGCCACCAGACUCUACGGACUUGCACCGGGAACAGACCGUAACUUCGCAGAAUCAGCCUGGAUACCACGAAUCCGUGGAAUCGACUGCGUCGUCAAGUGCCUCUACGCUCGUACCGCACUUAACUUAUUUUAUAUCGAGCCUGAAGGAAUAUUGGCCGUUCCAAAGUGAGUCGGUCGGCAGAUCCCACAGAACGGCCCCGGUGGCAUUCAUCGACGACACGCGAAGGGAAACCGUGGCAACGAAACGCACCAUGUCGGAGAAGUCUGGAGGUGUAAAGUAUCGGAACGUAGAGGAGAACCUGGACACGCUGUACCGUAAUACCGCCAUUCCGGACGAGACGUUUGGACCUGACGAGGAGAGGAUAUUCAUCGACGUUGAUCCCUACGAUCUCGACGAUUCCAUGUUCGGGUUACAGCACAGCAACCCGGUGAAGAUUACACCUGUUGCGAGCAAAGACGGCCCGCCGACGUCCACCGCAUCCGACACCGACUACGUCGAGGAAUCUCUCAAGAACGUGAAGAGACAAUGGCAAAAUCCACCUGAAGACAGAAGGCACUGGAACGCGACGCCUAAGGAGCAGAGUAAAGACGCCACGAGCGUGGCUACCACCUCCGACGAUAUCGGUUUAGAGAUGUAUUAUAUUCCAGACUCGAGCACGAAGCGCAGCGCAGUAGCUUCGCAGAGGAAAAGCGCCGAUCGAAGAAACCAGCACGACGGUCUCGAAAUCGAUCACGUUUACUCCACGAUGUCGCUCAAGGAAUUGGAGGAGCCCCGGAAGAAACCAGAUAGCAGCAAAGGGAAACCAGAGAUUCUGAAUAGGACGGGGGAUGACGCAGAGGAACUCGAAGAGGAGAUGAAGAAACGGAAGGUUUACGUGAAGAACGAUACGGUCGACGAUAGUCUCCCUCGAACAAGUACCAGGGACCCGGAGGAAGAUCUGUUGUCUUUGUCCGAAGAUAGCCGCUUCAGUGACACGGAAAAGGAAGAGGAGGAAAAAGAUGUACCACCGAACACUGAAAAUCGUGAAGAUUCGUCCGAAGAUGCGACCGAUCUUCAAGAACGCUCUAAGGAAGAAGAAGAGAAGAAGAACAAGUCGUUGGAAGUUGCUGGAUCAAACGCUACCGCGGAUGCUUCGAUCGCGUCGCUUACUAUUUUAGAUACGUCGGAUGACUUGGUGUUCGAGUGGGUGACGACGGAUUGGUCCAAGUGCUCUCAGACUUGCGGUGGAAGUGGGUUUCAGAUGCGCGGAGCACAGUGCACGGUACGAUCGGCGAAGCCGAUUGGAAAUUCGACCCGCACUCCGCCGAGGACGGUGAUAGGAGCGAAACUGUGCGAAGACGCGGGGCAUCCGAUGCCCCAGAAAGUGAGAGCGUGCGGAUUCGGUAAGUGUCCUCUGUGGCACACAACCGAAUGGACACCCUGCGAGACGUCCAGGUGCUUCAACUGGAAAACCGCGAUGCAGAGACGCGAUGUUACCUGUCAUUUGUUCGAUGAUACUGAAAACGACCAACAAAAUAUCACUCUACUGGAUCCCAACAAGUGCGACGAAACCACUAGACCUUUACAGAGGCAGGAGUGCUACAACGACGCUUGCAAAGGUGUCUGGAGGGUUGGCGAAUGGUCCGAAUGCACAGCGUCAUGCGAAGAAGAUGGCAUCAAAUACAGAAUCCUACAGUGUGUUUGGUUUGGGACGAAAAAACCAGCUGGCAACGCGUGCAGAGACAUUCCACGACCGCCUGUCAUGAAAACGUGUAGAGGUCCGAUGUGCCCUCAGACACCUGACGACUGCAAAGACCGCUCGCAGCUGUGUAGCACGGUGAAAACGAUGAACAUGUGCAGGGUGCCGCUUUACCAGAAGCAGUGCUGUCAGUCAUGUCGCUAGGAAAUUGUUGUUGUAACGAAAGAAAAACAUUAGGUCGAAAUUGAUACGGCGAGAGAGAAGCGCGCGUGAGAUGCAUAGUUGAGAGAGCAAGGUCCGAGGAUUACAGUCGCGACGCUCGUCGAUACUCUACACUCUACGUGUUUGUCGAAAGGAUGCGAGAAUCGAGGGUGAUAGAGAGAAAGAACGAGGGGGGAUAAAUCAGCCUCGUAUCGAGCGUUCCAAUCUGCGAACACGUUCGUCGGUGCGCCGCCACGAUAUGUAAGAGUUAUUCAAGAGUUCGACCAAAAUUACUUCCGCUGGUAAUUGUCCCCCUCCCUCCUCCUCCGCCACCGCCAUCCCCGAGAGAAACUUACCCUUCUCGCUUCCCUCGCAUUUCGCAACCUCGAAACGAAUGUAUUCGAACGCCGGAUUCUUACCAGCCCAAUAAGAAUCCGAUUCCUAAUUGUGUGCUAAUUAAAGCUAUAAUUUUUGAACGUGUGUAACGCGUUAGUUUGGCACCGAUCCUAAUUGCGCACGCUCACGCUCCCUUCCGCGGUGGGGAAGGGACGAGGGAAGAGCCUGGCAUUCGUCCAAAAAAGAGAGAAUACAAAGUUGAGAAAAUUAUUAUUGUUGAAGUUCGGAUAAGAACGGGAAUAGACGGAGAACGUAAUUGUACGGUGGAAAAGGGUCGCGGGCGCACGUGGUAGAUCGCGACGCGUUCCCGUGGUUCGAUAGACGAGCUUCGAGGGCCAUUCAACGUUCAGACGAGACUGUUAACGG